AUGGUUACUACAGAAUCCUCUCCGCUCCUCCCCCAGCAUCACCUCCCGACUUCCUCCAAUACGUCACCGCGAGGAAACCGUCCGCCGCGGACAGUCACCUUCAACCCAUUGGCAACUGUCAGCACCUACCAUGACUCUACCUCCGCAGAUCCCACCUUCCGACCUCUCCAAUCCGGCUCUUCAUCUGCACCGCAUUCUCAGGAGAGCCAUUACCGACCGACCGGCCUCUCCGCCCUGAAUAGCAAGCUCCGCCGGCGGAACAGCCAUGGCGCUCCAUUCAGCACCACAAACACCCCAAUCGCUGCAGCCCCCAAAGUCGGACCGCAAAGAACGACGAAAAAUGCGCAAAAACUUAAAUUGCUUCCCGAUCCUGUGACUGAGGCUGAGGAGGAACUCGGUGGUGAUGACUUUCCGUCCGAUGUCUAUUCGCAGAUUGCCCGCAUUAAAGAACCCACGGCGAGGAGUCACGCUGCAAAGUUAGGAAAGGCCGACAGAGAGCGUUUGCCGCGAGUUACUGCCUACUGCACGGCCAAUUCGUAUCGACUAGAAGGGAUAAUCAAAUUUCUCAAGUCUCGCUCCAAGACCCGCGGGGCCAACCCAAAGCUCUACGACGAAUGUGUCUACUCGCCAUAUGACUACGGCUAUGAGGAGAAGCAGAAUGGCACAUGGGGUCUUUCGAAUAAUGGAAUAAACAUGGGAGACGGUCACCCCAGUCAACGGCCGUCUAAUGAGCGCCGCUACUCGGACAGUGUGGUUGAGGUCCAGGAUAAUACCAACUCUCGGCGGGAAGAUCUCAUAGACCUACAGGACUCUCAAUCCCACGCCACCGAUAUGGACCAUGCUUCGACUACUGCCGUGUCGGACCACCAAGGAGAUGUACAUCCCGAUUUCGACACGACGAUCCAUACCCCUGAAGUGUUCCUGUUCGAUUACGGCACCGUCGUAAUAUGGGGCAUGUCACCUGCACACGAGUCACGAUUCCUAUCCGAUGUUUCCAAGUUUGCCGCUUCCAUCCUCAGUCCCGAAGAUACCCAGGUCGAGAACUUCAAUUUCUACUAUGCUCGCGAAUAUCAAGCCCGGAUAUACAACGACUUCAUCUCUCUACGCGACCCGCGUAACCACAUGAUCAAACUGGCCAUCUCCCACGCAUUGGCCCAAUCCGUCAAGACCUCCCUAUUCGAAGACCUCGUAUCUGAGACCAUCUCCAACACCGCACCCCUACCUGCUCAGAUCGCCCAGACAGGCAGUGUUAAUCUCACCCGACGCCAGAUCAACAUGCAAAUCGGCGAAUUGUUCAUCCUACGGAUCAACAUCCACCUGCAAGGCUCGGUUCUAGACUCUCCAGAACUCAUGUGGGCCGAGCCCCAACUAGAACCGGUUUACCAGGCCGUCCGCAGUUACCUUGAAAUGGAUCAGCGUGUAAGCCUGCUCACUGAGCGGUUGGACGUGAUAGCGGAUCUUCUCGCCGUCCUCAAAGAUCAACUAACUCACCGCCACGGUGAGUAUCUUGAAUGGAUCGUAAUUGUUCUCAUUGCGGCAGAAAUUCUAGUCGCAGCCAUCAACAUCGUGGUUGACUUGUACGCUGGCGUGGAGUGA